AUGUCUCUUUUGGUAAAUUAUGCGAAUAGUGACGACGAAAGUAAUCAAUCAGACGAUUCGUUUGAAGCUGACAUUACCACGAAUCAGGUAAAUGCCAAAAAUUGUGCUGACACCCACACUACCAACCAUCCAAAUCUUCCGGCUGCCAUUGGGUCUGCUUCUUUGCGCUUGCCAGAACCAAAAAACAAAAAUAGCAAUAAAGACGACUACGUUGAUAAUUUAAAUUUUAACGAUACAAAAAGUGUCAAUAUACAACCAACUUAUUCUGAAAUGUUCAAAAAAUUGCCCACAACGUCCAAUAAAAUUGAUCUUUCUUUGGAAGAAGAGGAAAAUGUAGAAAUGAUAAUCUUACCGACCGAAACAGAAUUAAAAUUGAGAGAAGUUCCCCCGGCUAAAACGAAGAGAAAAAUUGUGAUCUCUUUGCCAUCUUUUAACAAUUCAGAUUCAGAAGACGAGGAGAAAACCGUUCAACCUCCACCUAGAAAACAACAUCACGGUUCCUCGCUAUUUGCCUUGCUGCCUGAACCUACACUAAUUCCUCGGAUGGCAGAUGGGAGAGUGGAUAGAAAAGUGAUCCCCCCUCCACAAUCUUCAACGUCAUUCAAACCUAAAUCCUCACCGUCAACAACAGCAACAUUACUACAACCUAGAACAUUAAAAAAAACUACUACUACUACUACUGCUGCUGCCACUACUACUACUAAAAUCACUACUACUACUACUAAAACCACUGUUAAUGAAUCUUGCAUUAAUAACAGUUCAAGUAGUGAAAUGGAUACUGCAACUUCAAUUACUAAGCCUACAGAUGCAGAUACUAUUAGCAGUAGUAAUACUACUUCGGAAUCAUCAGCGUCAUCUGAAUUAGUGAAAGCUAUGCCUAAAAAUCCUAACUUUUUUGGUCUCCUGGGGACAUACGACGACGAUGAUGAAGACGAUGAUGAUGAAACUUUCAGUGAUGUGGAUGAUAAAAAGAUUGCAAAUGAUGACAACGAUGAUGGUGAUGUAAAAAAUUCAGAAUGCGUUUCUUUAUCGUCAUCAACAUCAAGAGGUAAAAAUACCAUUGAUGACGUCACUGACGAUCCACCAAUCAUAGGUCCCCAGCGUGGUUUCUUUGUUAACGACGACGAUGAUGACGACGACGACGAAGAUGAACUGGAUAAUGAAAGAACAAAAAUGGCUAAAAUUCACUCGGCCUCUCUCUACAAUUAUAGCAAUAUGGUGGCAGAUGAUGACGCUAUUAAUUAUGGUGAUGGGAAUGAUGAUGCCAGUAACAACGAUGAUAACGUUACUGAUGAUGAUGUGACUAGGAUUCUUACAAAAGAACAACUCGAAAGACUACAAGGCCGACCGAAUAAGAAGCAAGAGUCCUCUAUUAGCUUCAUCGACGUCAAGAUCUCCGAUCACAUUGGCCAGUAUGAACUGGACAGAACGAAGAAUCUGUCGAUAGAGGCGGAAAAAGUUUCAUACAGUAAGACUGCCAGUGGCGUGCCAACAUCUCAACAGAAGAGGAAACAUCAAAUCACUUAUUUGGCUCAUCAGGCAAAAGAGCGGGAAUUUGAAUUGAAGAACCAAUGGGCGGAAAACAGAUUCAACAAGAGACAGACUCAAUCCAAAUAUGGAUUCUAA